AUGAAAUUAAGAAAUCGCAUCGUCUGCAUUCUUUUGGUGGUGGCCGUUGUGACGCUUGCGGAGGGCAGUUUGCUAGAGAGGCAAUCACUUCUAAGGCCAAACGGAAUGGAACCAUGCUUCACCUGCCGGGCCGAGGACAAGCCCUGGUCCUACUCCCUCCUCACGUUCUUCGGGAAGCUGAAGAAUAUGUUGGUCCGCGCUGUCAACGUCAUUGCGGCUAGCACCAAGCAACAGAAAAUAACUUAG